AAAUCAACAAAAUAAAACAGAAAGACAAAUGGAUGCCGAAUAGAUUAGAAAGUUUCCUUCGAUGUUACUGCGAGGCGCUGCCGUGGCAACAUGGCCGUCGGUAAUCAAUGAAAUUAUCGUACGUAAGUUCGGGCUGGAAUGGGCAAAGACCAGGAGCUACUGGAGGCUGCCAGGAAAGGUAACACGGCGGUGGUGGAGAAGAUACUUGGCCAAAGAGCUAAAAGGAGUGGUCCGCUCGCAAGUUUAAGAAGAGGGCCGGGCGCCAAUGUUCAAGAUAGUAGCGGAUACUCGUCUUUGCACCACGCAGCUCUUAACGGUCAUACGGACAUCGUGAGGCUCCUCUUGGAAAACGACGCUUCUCCUAAUAUCGCGGACGGUAAGGGAUCGUCCCCAUUGCAUUUGGCCGCUUGGUCCGGGCAUUUGAACAUCGUUAAGCUUCUGCUGUCGGGACCGGCGAACUGCAAUGUGAACCUAACGACAAAGGACGACGAGACUGCACUUCAUUGCGCCGCACAAUAUGGCCACACGGCGGUGGUCAGCGUCCUCUUGGAGCACGCUUGCGAUCCGGGCAUCCGGAACUGUCGGGGCGAGACUGCUUUGGAAUUGGCGUCGCAAUACGGAAGGCUGGAGACCGUCGAGCUGCUGGUCAGGACGGAUCCGAUGCUGAUUCAGUGUCUGAAAAGGACGACGCCGGACACUAUAUUCCCCCACACCCCUUUGCAUUUGGCGAGCCGAAACGGCCACAAGGCCGUAGUGGAAGUACUUCUCCGAGCGGGUUUUAACGUUAACAUGCGAACGAAGUCCGGUACCGCACUCCACGAGGCCGCGUUGUGCGGCAAAGUCGAAGUGGUACGGACGCUACUCGAGCACGGCGUCAACACCGCAAUCCGCGACUCGAAUAAUUACACCGUUAUGGAUUUGUUGAGUCAGUUCAACACUGCGCAGGCGUCGCAAGAGAUUAUGAACAUACUUAAGCGACACAAACGAGGUCUGCCUUUAGUGGACAGCGACGGAGAGAGCGUGAGUAAUCCGUUUCCUCCUGUGCCAAAUACUCAUUCGGACCUGGGCAGCCCAUACGAGAACGUGAGGCCGUCGUCGAAGAACACCAGGUCAUCAGUGGGUACGGAUUCAUCGCCGGGUACUUCUCCUCAAAGGUGGGAGUGCCAGAGGCAUCCCUGUCCUCCCGAAGGUUUCGAGGAUCGUCGGGUGUCCGGUGUAUCCGAAAUGUCUGUCGUCCACGGCAAUUUUAGGCAUACCCCCUACGAAGACGCAUAUGUUGACAUGACCAAUGCGAACAUACGAUCAUGUUCCGCCUAUAGCAGCGUCCGAAGCUCUAACAACAACACAAAAUUCUCUGACACUAGUCUCUCGCCUCUGGACGGGAUCGUUUUCAGUUUCGUUGACGACCCAUCGAACGAGGACCGUUCCCGCGGGAACGGCGACAGUUUAAACGGUUCCGAUUCUUCCAGGGAAUCGGACAACAGCUUGUACCAUAUACCGUGCGCGCCGAAACGCUUCAUGGGGUCCAGCGGCCAUUCCGAGGACCUCAACUAUCUGUGCACGAGUCGGGAGUCCGACCAGAUUAGCGUUUCCUCGACCACUUCGAGCUGCGGGUAUCCGCGCAGACCUGACAGUGGCGGGAUACCACUUUAUAUACCCAUGAACAACCCCAGGGGCGCCCACAGUCCUGGGUCAAGCAGCAAAGUAUCGCCGACGCCCCCCAAAAAGCCCCCGAGACGUACCGUGACGAUAUCUCCGACACACCCCCAGCCGAUGUCCGCUUCGGUGGACGGAGUGAGCAACAGCGCAUACGAGUACCUCUUCCUCGCGCAUAGCGGCACCAGGAGUCAAAGCAAUCUGACCGAUUUCGAAAAGGAAAGUCGACGAGAGCGUCUAUCUUACGGUCGCAGCGUCGAUCAAUACGUCGAAAUGAACGUCUUCAAUAUCGCGCUGGACGAUGAUCUCCCCGAAAGACCACGAAGCGAGUUGCAGAGAGGCAAAAGCGAAGACUUGGAUAGCCGCAAGGGCAAGGAGCCGGUCGCCAUCACUUCCCUGUACGAGAAUAUGAUUGUGAAACAGCAAAAUCCGCGGAGGAAGUUGAGGAGGAACAACGACGUGUACGAGGAGUGUAACUUCAAACGGAAAGGUGACGAGGAGGCAGCUAGUUCGUCCGCACCCGAGACCACGUUCGUGUCUAGCGCGUUUAUAAUGGUCACCGAUAACAGCGACAGUGGCGAUGGCAAGAAGAAGACGAAAGGGGGUGAGAAAAACGGCGUCUCAGACCGUUACCCCCUGUCCCCGACUCAUUACAAUCAGCCCCCCACUCCCGAGCACCCGCCACCGUCCGCGAUACAAGCGGAAAGUAUUAUCUACGAGAAAAUUCGUCCGCUUAGUCAGGAGUAUAAAAGAAGGUCCAGAGAUAUGGAAACGGAAACGGAAGAGGAAUAUUUGUUGGUGGGAGAUUUCGAGUCCAGUGGUAGUUUUUCAAGCAGCAUUUCCCUUUCCGACCGAAGCGUCGAUAAUAUUCUAGAGGAGUGCCAUUCGGAUACUCCGUUUUCAGGACUGAUCAAAGGUUCUUCUUCGGGGGUCCUUGAAAAUUUGAACAUGAAUAUUCCGGCGGUGCGUCCGAAAACUUUAAAAAAACUAAAACGCGUGUACGAACACGGAAACAGCGACGCCUCGAAGAGCGAUAACGAGGUGUCGUCGAGUUCUGAGAAAGAGUCAGACAAUAAGGAAAACAGGGAUAGGGUUUCGGCUCUCAGUCCAUUUGACGAGCAAGAAGAAUGGGCGAAGAUACAAGAAAUAAUGGCCUCGUUCGGCACUGGCAUUGUCAGAGAAUCUGUGUUCGUCGCCGAGUUGGAAAAAGAGUUCCAGAAUAGGCUGAUGACUAUCAGCUGUUCGCAAAACAGCUUGAAUCGAGUCGGGGGGGCGGUCAGCGUGGAGAAAUGGUUGCAGGGUUUGGGAAUGGGUGAAUACGCGGGCCUGUUCACUUCUGCGGGAUUCGACGACAUCGGGUUUUUGAACGGCGUUUUGGAAGAAACCGACCUAACAGACAUGGGUGUGUCGAGUCAAUCAGAUCGUGAAAUUAUCAUAAAUGCGAUCAAACACCUGCCGUUGAAAGUUCACGAACCUCUACCGACCAAUUGCAAUAACAACAACGAACAGAACUCUGUAAAACUGUGGUUGAAAAAAAUCAACCUCGAUCAUUAUUACGAAACGUUCGACAAACAUUUGUACCACGACAUGGAGAGGAUAAAGAGGAUUUGGGACGUGGAAUUGUCCGCAGUUUUGGACAUUGACAAAAUCGGACACCGGAAACGGAUUCUGGCUAGCGUCAGUGCCGGCGAGACGGUGACUGCCGGCCCGAAAUUGGAAGACUUUAGUUCCGAUCUAAAUCUAUUGAAAUCGAUUAACCAAAUGACCAACGACAUGCCGUCGCCGUCGUCUCGGUCCAACGGGUCGGUAAACAGCAACACGGGGACGAUUCGGCACAGGCACAAAAAGUCGCGGCCGGCCCCUCAACCCCCUGUAAACAUUAACAAACCGGAGACAGAAAAGAAAUGUUCGGAAAUAUGCGUGGGUGGCAGCAAUUCUAUAAAAUCGCAAUGGAGGCACCAGCCUAUUUUAUUGAUCACCGGGUUCGUCAAGUAUUUGGUCAACUAUUGGGGUUCGACGACCAUUAAAGAUUUCAAGGGGACCGAUUCGACCAAAAAAUCGAUCAACAAAGUGUUGCGGUCUAAAGAUAAACCGCUAGAGGAAAUAACGCUGUCGAUAUCCUACAAGGGAGUGAAAUUUGUCAAUCCUUCGACCCAGGCCACGAUUUGUGAACACGAAAUCGUAAAUAUCAACUGCGCUUGUCAGGACGACGAGAGACACUCUUACUUCGCCUACAUCACCAAGGACAACGACUUGUUCUACUGCCACGUGUUCGAGGCUUCGUCACCAGACCACGCGACCGACGUUAUUCUCACCCUCGGUCAGGCGUUCGAGCUCGCUUACCAAAUGGCCCUGCGGGAUCAAGUGAAGGGCAAAGGCCAAAGCCGCGAGAGUCACAAGCCAGCCAUCAGCCCCGGAUCGGUAUCUUCGCAUAGUCGCGACUUCAAGCAAGACUCGACCAGAGUCGCUGACGUCAGACUGAAUGGACAUCCCCUGAAAAUGAAACCGCUGACGCUGUCGAUCGCUGCAGAACCCGAGGUCUCCGGCACUACGAAGAAGACGCCGACCAAAGUGAGUGUUUCUUCCGAUUUUGCCACGUAAUCGGGAUGUAAACGUCAUCAUGGUACUUUUCGCGAACAUCAGGACAUUUUAUAUUUUGUGACGUCGUCUUCGUUCCAAUGGGCCUCUUGCUAUAUUGAGUCGUAUACCUAAGAACGUUGUCAGUUGUUAGUUUCAAAUUCGCGGCUUGGUAAUGAAACCUGCAGAAUAGAUAAAUAAUCAGGAAGCUGAUUCAACUGAAAAUCCAUGACGUUCCACAAAUUCGUAUUUAGAUACAAACUGAUCCACACUCACCAAUUUUUUAUGUUGACAUUUUUUGAGGACAUCAUUACUGUGGAAGGACUAAAGCAUCCCACUAAUCUUGACCAAACUAACCAAAGCCGGCACUACAUCGGCAAGUUUUAUCUCUCUUUUUUAGGCAAAGUUAGAGUAAUUAUUCUGUUCGUUUGUCUAUUCUGCGCAUUGUUUAUUGUCUUUGAUAACAGAUUUGUUAAAGAAUUUGAAACAAGGUAUGUUAGCAGCAAGUGGACACUGAAAUUGAGUCAAACCUACAAAACCAAUGACUCUGUCAAGAGAACUAUAAACAUUAUUUUAGACUAUAAAGCAACUUAUAGCAAGCGGCGUCAAAAAAGGGUUUUUAUUAGGUAAGCUUUAUAUCUUUUUUUAUGAUAUUGUGCAUUAUUGACAAAAUGACGAUGACGAAAAAUAAAGAGUAUGUUUUUAGUUGUUGUCUCGUCCUGAAAGGCGAUAAGUGUCUCUACUAUAUUUGAUAUUUUCAUUUAGGCAUGACAUGACAAUCUUCUACACCGCCAUGUAGGUUAAAAAAAUGAAACAUGGAUUGAUUAAUGACUUGCUCAAGUGUCAAUAACCAAUAAGGAAAGAUUUCGGAAGAUUGGGGGUAAAAAUUUUUCAUUCUUCAACCGAUCGAUCUGCGGUAAAAUAUUACAUUUGACCAGAAACCGUUUCUUUUAUGAUCCGCGGUAAUUUCAGUUUGGUACUUUUGAGUUUUUUUUUUAUUUUUAUAUUUAAAUAAAAUAAAAUAAAAAUGAAACAACUUACCGGUGUUUUGACACUGUCAAAAGCCACUCGGAGCGAAUGGCACUUGUAAUUCAAAAAAAAAAAAAAUCUCGCUCAAUGAACGAAAUCGUUUCAGUCUUCAAAAUCAGUUGCCAACUUAUUAGGAACUCGAACGGGAGCAAGUAACACAUUCUCUAUAGUUUUGAAAAUAGUGUUCGGUAGUAUCUGAAAUUUGAUUCUCGAUGAAAUCGGUGUAGUGUAAAUGUUUCAGAACAAAAGCCUAAAAAAAAAAGAAAUUAUUUACUUCUAAGUAUACGCUUUGUUCGUGAUUGAGAAAUGAAUUUAUCUACUCGACAGUGUUAAAUUAAGUGUUUAGGUGUCAAAUAUGAGCUGUAAGCUGCGAUUUGAAAUUCUAUUUGAUCAUUGAGAUUGCCAAACAAAAUUUAGGCUUAUGUUAGCGUAUAACGUGGAGAUAAAUCGAAAAAUCUAAUAAAACAAAAUCGUUUUAAGAAAAUUUAUAAUGCUUGUUAGUACACGCGCUUGGAAAGUUUAUUGUUCGGGCUGAUUUUUAAUUCGACUGGGUAUCGAAGAUGACACCCCGGUUUUCGACAUUUAAACACUGCCUCUGUGAACAUCAAUAACUUAAAUACAUCACAUGUACAGUAUCCGAGUAUAAUACGCUUCGCACACUAACAAAAUAUGCAAACCUCUUCAGCAGUUUAUUUUUCGUCCGUAAUAUUUGCUCAAGAAAGUACCUAAUCCACUUUAGGGAUCAAUGUAGAAAAAGAGUGGACUGCAUAAUUUUCGUUCCCUUUGGUUGCCAUACCACACUGUAUCCACCGUAAAUCAGUCGAUGUUGUAUAUAAUAAAUGUUUAGCAGAUAUUAUAGAAGCUUUAAAAAUCUACUAUACUAUAUAGCAGGGUUAAUACAAUAGUAUCGUAAAAUUCAUAUUGAUUGAUGAGUUUUGUAUCUUCUGUACUUUUAUACUUUAGUGUUUCGUUAGAACUACGCGCGACAUUUCAAAAGUAAUUUCGCCAUUGGAAUUGAUAAACAAGCCGCCAAGUGCAGCACAGGUAUCAGAAGAAAGAAGUCAGUUUUUGCACAAUAUUUAAGGGUUGUUUAUUGAUGCCAAGUGGUUUGAGAUUUAUUUUACGGCCCAUGUAAGUUUUGUAACUACACUGUGUGCAACUCAUGCCUCAUUGUUUCGUUUUUUUGGUUGUCGAAAUAUUUUUUUGUUAAUUGUCCCAAAUAAAAUUAAUAGUA